AACCCGACAAUAUUAGACCGGGUCCCUGUCGGAAGCAAGAAAGCAAACUGAGCUCCAAUGUCUACGGAGGCCAUAAGAAGCAGGGGAGGGACGUGCAUGGUUUGUGCAAUUUGGAUGAGAAGCGAGAUAAGGAGGGUCGUCGUAGCAUUGUUGGAUGUGAAUUCUGUGAUUGUUGCGCUGAUCAGGCAGACAGCCGUUGCACUCAUCCCUUCCACGGCGGCGGCGUCGUAUAUCACCCCAAGUACCACUGCGUUGCAGAAAUUGCAAACCACGUUUGACUGUGAGGGUCCCACGGACAUUCGCUGGAGGAUCCCGGUUGCUACGUGCAUCCUCGAUCAUCAUGGCGGCGGCGACGUUGUGCAUCCACAUGCUGACGAUCGCAGUCGUGGCACAGAUGCCCAGGAGGAGUAGGGGUGGCUUCAAUGGAUCUCCGCAGGACCGCAGAACAACAGCGUUAUCUGUGUGGCCGACAUUGAUUAAGUAUUCAUCGUGUAGUAAUGAUAUCCGUACAACUAUUUACAUUUGUACACCUAUCCUCAAAAAUGUAUGGUGCAAUUGUACUUAGGAAAAUCAACCUUUUUCAUUUUG